AACCGGACAACAACGCUAGCAGAACAGCAAUCGACGAGCUAGCAUGUUGCCGGCACCCGGCACCACUAUAAAAGGAGGAAUCGAUAGAUCAACCUGCACUCCUACCAGAACAGCUAGCAAGAAAAGCACACCAGCCAUGGCGAUCCGGGGCGUCGCCUCCUCCCGCGAGGACAUGACGCUGGAGGAGUUCAAGGAGUGGCUCAAGCAGUUCGACGCCGACGGCGACGGCCGGAUCAGCCGGAACGAGCUCCGGGAGGCGCUCCGCCGCCGCGGCGGAUGGUUCACCACCUGGAGGAGCGGCCGCGCCCUUCGCCACGCCGACAAGAACAACAGCGGCUUCCUGGACGACUCCGAGAUCGAGAACCUCGUCGCCUUCGCCCAGAAAGAUCUCGGCAUGAAGGUAUCCACCUGGUAGAAGAGAACAACGAACCAAGCAGCGCAGGGGGACAGACAGCUGCACCAUCCUCCAGCAUCGAUCUGUGACAGAAUCUGGCUAUGAACUGAUCGAUGAGCCACCAGUGUGUCGUUGUAUUGUAGCGCCUAGUGUUAAGUUUAGUGUUUACGUGUGUAACCAGCUGCAUGAGGAUGGGCCUCCUCCACGGUACUGCAGAGGGACUCACCCUACUAAUGCAUGGGUCCCCCAGAUCAGUGGGAGUAGUGUGUUUGCAGUACUGCAGAGGAACCCCUUCCGCUACAUGCAUGAUGUAGAGUUGUGUGCGGCUAUGGCUAUAUCCAGAAAUACAAGAAAUUGAGAAACUGGACCUUCUCACGCCUCCUAGGUGAGAAGAUAUAAGUUUGAAUCCUUUAAACUUUGAAGGCGUGUACAAUGAAGGUGAUUAGGUGAAAAAAAAACAGUUUUUUCAGCAUGUCAUAUGCAUCAAGUUCCUACAGGGUGUGGGAUGAGAUGCUUAAGUUUCCAUGCACCCAAUACUUAAUAUGUGUUAACAAGGUGGGUUUUGUGCCAA